UCUUGUGCUGUCAGAUUCAUUCUCCUUGAUUUUUGGGUAUAAAUAGGUACGAGCGUUGAGUCUUUUGAAUAACUUCUCGUGCCUCUACUUGUACCUUUGCUCGUAUAUAUUGCAACUCGUGCCUCUUUGUUAAUCAUCAUUCUUUGACCAACCUUCGUGUCAUGACACAUCAUCUUUCAAUCACUUAAAUAUGUAAACUCAAUUUUUCCCAAUACAGAUAGUCCCCUCACUUGCCAUUUAUUCAUCAAUUGAAUAUUUGGGAAGUAGAUUUUAUUAAAGCGGGAAUUUUUGCCGCCAUUAAUACUAUUGUAGAAUCGACGCUUCAAUUGUCACUUCCAUUUAAUGCUUAUUACACGUGACAUAUUUUUAUUGGUUCUAUGACUUUGCAUUGCUUUUUAAGGCUCUUUUACAGUUUCACCAAUUACGAAGCGGCAGUUCUCAUUAUGACUUUUCCAUUAUUGCACCUUUUCCUUUGACGGUUGCUUCUUAGUAUAAAUAUAAUUUUUCGCCUUUGUCCUUGUCACAUAAAGUUCUCUAAAUAUUCAAUUCUUGAAUUUUUGUUUGCUUCUUCCUCGUACUAUCAUGUUUUCAUCAAACCCUAACCCUAGAAGAGUCCUCAUAGUUGAUAACUUUCCUCUUGCCCUUAGCAGAAGAAGAAGAGGAGGUAGACUUUGUAAUUUAGGGUCUUCAUCCAUACGGGAUUCUUCUAUUCCUUCAUCUAGUUCCAGUCCUUCUUUUAGAAUCAGAGGUUCUUUUUCUCAAAAGUCUUCUUCUAGAGGUAAGGAACCAUCUGAACCUGUUCGUGAACCUACAGAAGAAGAAAUAGUUCCUACGGAACUAUCUUUCUAUAAUGAUAAAGAGUCCCUUAGAAACCAAGUGUCCUCUGAUAUCUAUCCAACUCAGAUCACAGAAGGUUUGAUUUCUUUAGUUCGUAAAGGCUGUCAUUGGAGUCAUGACUUCCCUAUCAUAAUUCCUAAUGCAAAUCAAAUAAUCACCUCCUAUUUAGUUGGACUUUCCUUUGUUUAUAUGUAUCCUUUCACAUUAGGAUUCAAACCUCCUAUUGAUCCUGUUAUUCUCGAAUUUUGCCGUUUUUUCGAUGUUUGUUUAAGUCAAAUUGGCCAUAUAGUGUAGAGGAUUGUUGCCUUUUUGAGGCAUUUGACUAACAUGGCAUGUGUGCCUUUCACCUUUGCCCAUUUAAUUCACCUUUACUCUCCUAGACUCUUUCGCCAAGGUGUUUUUACUUUAGUAGCAAGGAGCAAAAGAGUUCUGGUCAGUCCAGAAGAUGACAGAGACCGUGGCUGGUAUACCAGGUUUGUUGCUACCCCCACUGUUGGUUUAGUGGGUGAUGGAAAUGUUCCCUUCCCCGAGAAGUGGAAUUUUGCACCAACCAUGGGAAUUGUUGAUGAAAUUCCCAAUUUCUGUGGUUGGGUAGGAAAGUUGUUAAAUACAACCCCAAUGGAGGGCAGAUCUUGGAAGAAUCUUUUCCAACGAUUUGGUUGGAAAGUGAAAACUCAUGGAUUUGCCGUUUGAGGGAUUAGUGCUGAGGCGGUCGUAGCUUCCCAUAUUUUUUUGGAAAGAGCCCAAGAGAUAAUCUUGGGUUCUUCAUUAAAAAGGAAAGUUGCUAGUGACCAAGACUCCGAAGAAGAGGAAGAUGGGGGUUCCUUGGUAAAAAGGCCACGAGCUCGUAGGCGAAUCAUUUCUGAUGAUGAAGCAUACCCCCUCGUUCUAUUUCUCUUACUGAGUCUAUUGAAUCCCCGGUGACGAUCCCUGAUGAUGAAGUUCUCGUUGCUGCUCAUGAUUCAGUCGAGCAACUUUUUAACCGCAGAUUUGGUGGUGAAAAUUUAGGUCCAAUUUCUGAUGAAGCACCUCUUGCUUCUUUUUCUACUCCCAUUCCUAUAAUUCCUCCUUUGCUGGUCAUGGCUGUUACCGUUCCUCCCCAGGCUAUUAUGACUGCUUCCACAGUUCCUCCCUCGACUACUCCUCCUUCAACUGCUCCUUACACAGAAGUUAGUUCUUAAAGUAGGAGUGGUGCUAUGAGGCGAGUUACCAUUGAAGUCCCUGCUGAAGGUAACCUUUUAAGGAAAUCAGGUCAAGCUGACGUGUGGCUAAAGCCUUUGAUUGGUCCAGUUGAGAGAGCUAAGCUUGAUAGCCAUAGUUCUGUGACCUUGAUGAAUGAUAUAGUGCAUGCUUCUUUAAAGGUCAAUCUAAUUGGCACGGAGAUGAUGAAAAGGGUUACCCUCUCAGAGCAACUAGUGCGUGACUACCAAGUGGAGGCAGAUAAUUGGAAGGAACAGUGUGAAAGUCUUCAGAUCGAUGUGGAAAUAUUAGAAGAAAGUAAAAGUACCUUAGAGAAGCAGGUAAGGGCUUUGACUUCAGAGUUGGCAGUUGAAAAAGCUUAUUCAAAUCAAGCAGGUAAGGAAAAGGAUCAUCUGGAAACCUCUUUUUCCGAGCAAUUGUCCAAGGCAAGUGAAGAAAUUAGAGAAUUGAGGGCUCUCUUAGGUGAAAAAGAAGCAUAUGCUGAUGAACUCGUGCAGAAUUUGACUCAAACUCAAGAAGACCUCCGGGUAUCUUCUGAUAAGGUUUGUUCUUUAGAAAAUUCCCACGCUUCUCUUCAAGCUUCUUAUGAAUCUGCCUUGGCUAAAAAUGAAAAGUUAAGAAAUGAAAUUACUGACUGGGAAAGAGAUUACGAGAUCCUUGAAGAUAAAACUUCCAUUGAAGUGAGUUGGGGAUUUUUAAAUUCUCUUCAUGAUACCCUCAUUGAAGUUAGCCAGGAGAAUUUUAACUUGAAAUCUGAGUUAGCCAAGAUCAAAUAGACUAUUAUAAGACUCAGCAAAACCAAGAUUUUUCUUUUCCAGUGGCUGAAAUUUCUAAAAAUAUUGAAGAUGAUACGGGUAUCCAUACUCCUUCAAGUCAAGUUGAGCCUGCUGCUGUUGAUGUCCCUACUUCAGUUCCUUCAUCUUCUCAGUGAAAAGUUUAUGUUAUUUGAAUUCCUUUGUGUAUUUUUUUCUUUUGGUGGUAUGUGAUUGUGACCCUUGGUCUUUGUAAGGGUUUGUUGAAAACGUUAAGUCCCUAGACC